GGCAGAGAUAAUUUUUCAGCUGUUUUCACCUCAUCAUUGGCAAACUUAGCUCCGACUUGUGUGGCGUGCAGGAAGUGUUUAAAGGUUCGGAUUACGUCUGGAAGUAAGUGUUAUCAACACCGACCGCAGCUGGCAACUCUGGAACUGGCACUGUAAGCAAAACGUGUGCAACUUCAGGCGUAGAAACUGUGGUGCUCAUUCUCCCGCAGUUUGCUUCGAUAGUAGCGAGGAGGUUGGUGGCCGCCGUGGUAGUGCUGGUGUUGUUUUUAUUUUUGUUGCUUGCGCAGCCAGAAGGGAGGAUCUCCUCGUGAUACGGUUGUCGUCGUCGUCGUUGUCGUCCGCGUAAAGCCAGCCAGCAGAGCUCUACUUGUACUGAACCAACUGCUGCUUCUACUGUUGUUGCGUAGUGGUUGGUGCGUGCGUGCGUGCGUGCGAGAGAGGAAAUAUACUGCUUCAAGGCGAACCCCGUCCGCGUAAUCGAAUCGAACAACAAAAUUGGUGCACAACAACAGCGCCGUGAGAGAGCACAUCGUCGACGGCGAAGACGAACGACAACGGACGGGCUGCAGGAGCAUAACAAUAACACAGUCGAGUCGAGUCGCAGUAGCAUAUCGACGAGAGCUAGCAGCAGCCAGAGUCAGCAAUAUCGAAGCAGAAGAGACACAAGCUCGCAGCUCUGAGGAAAAUAAACACAGAAACUGCAGAUAAACACCCCUCCAGCUGGGUGUCAUUGUUAAUCGGGAAAAAUGUCCUCCCCUAGUGCCGGCAAGCGUCGGAUGGAUACCGACGUGAUCAAGCUGAUCGAGAGCAAACAUGAAGUGACCAUCCUAGGCGGGCUGAACGAAUUCUGUGUAAAAUUCUUCGGCCCCCGAGGGACACCGUACGAAGGUGGCGUGUGGAAAGUGCGUGUACACCUGCCCGAGCAUUACCCGUUUAAGUCACCGAGUAUUGGAUUCAUGAACAAAAUUUACCACCCAAACAUCGACGAAGUGUCCGGCACGGUUUGCCUGGACGUGAUCAAUCAGGCGUGGACGGCGCUGUACGAUUUGUCCAACAUUUUCGAAUCGUUCUUGCCGCAGCUGCUUACCUAUCCGAAUCCGGUGGAUCCCCUGAACGGCGAUGCAGCCGCCAUGUACCUACACAAACCCGAAGAGUACAAGAAGAAGGUAGCGGACUAUGUGCGGCGGUACGCCACCGAGGAAGCCCUGCGCGAUCAGGAACCUACAGAAAGCUCCGACAGUGAGUCCAGUAUGUCCGAUUUCAGUGAAGACGAAGCGCAGGAUAUGGAGUUAUAACAACGGCUAGCCUCGAUAUUAACCAAUUACUAUUAUUAAAGAAACAAACACCCGUGCAGAUGAUUAAUGGUGAGAAAUGAAAUCUUUUUAUUAAAUUAAAUAUUUUACACGUAGGUUCAUUCAUCGCUCACACAACUACAAACUCACACACGCCAUCGUAUCCGCACACACACGCAAAUACACUCAUUCAUACACACACACACCGCGACACUUAGUAACCAAAUAAGAGAACAAACAAUAGGAAAAAUUAUUGUGAACGAAAAGUAGUGAAAAAAAAAGAUAGAUCCCUGUGCGAUUACAACCGAGUAGAGCCAACAACCAUCGUAAUUCUGAACAUCACAGAUCAACUCACAGUCCGGUGAAUGGAAGGAGCCAAAGUUUGGUUUCAUGUUCUCGCUUGAUUCUUACCUAAUUCGAAUUCAACUCAUUUCGAAGUCCCCCCCCCCAGUAUGCAGCAAAACACCACUACAUAAACAGCAGAGUAAACAAACAAAUACUAAUCUAUCUAUUUAGUACGUUAAUCGUUUACUAACGUCUCUCCCCGACGCAACCGGGUAGUAACCAAACAACCAACAAACCAAGCCUAUCAUGUGUGUGUGUGUGUAAAAUUUCUCCGUGUGGUAGUGGCACGACCAAGCGUUUGUGUUCGGAGUUCGGUUUUUUUUCCUAACCGCUAGCCUAUUGUGUAAACCCAAAACCCAUGUGUAGAAGAAGCGCGCGCGUUUGUUCAACUUUGCCAAUACAAUUAUAUAUACAUAAUUAACUAAUUUUUGCGCGGUACAUUACUCCCUAAUUGUGAAUGUUGAUUGAGUUUAUUAUAUUUACAACCACUUAUUAUACACAAAGUCAAAGAUUAAUACCUGUAUAUUAUUAUUAUUAUUUUUGUCGCUCAGGCGAGAGACGAUGAAGGUCUCACUCCGUUUUGUUCUCUCUCCCACUCUCCGUGUGUGUGUGUGUGUCCUUUCGCUCGGUGGUUCCCUGCUGCUGAUGAUUCUCUUCCUUUCUUCCGCAACCCACACAAACCCAAUUUAAAACCCCUCACCCCCCUCCUUCUUCCCCCCGGUAGGUGUGGGGCAGUAGACGUUGCGCGCGGCAGGAGGAGAUUGUUUAUUAAAUAAUUAAUAGUAGGGAUUAUUAAGAAGUAAUAAUUAUAUACUAAAAGUAAUGAUAAUAUAUGACAACAAAAUGGAGAGCCGAUAAGAGGAAAAAAAAGUGAUGGAAAAAUUGAAAUAAAGAAAAAUAAACGCAAUGGAGUAAAAAAAACAGUAGUGCAUAAGUCAUGUUUGUAAUUUCGAUGAAUGAUAAAGUUUUCUUUGGAGAAACAGAGCAAAAAUAGACAAAAAGAAGACCGCAUAUAUUUAAACGUACUAAUAAAACUGUGAGAGAAAAGUAGCAAACGGCCGUUACUGUCGGGUUGGAUGACGGUCCCCUGAUUUCGUUUCAGUUUAGGAAAGAUAUCAAUAUAAAACACUACGAAAUCCUUACGGAAACUACAAAAUUUCAAAAGCAUGUCGGGAAUUUCUUAUAGCAUCCCCAAUCCGUUGAGGUUACUCGGUUAUUCAGUAAAUAAAAGCGUUUUAUGCUGGUGUUGAGAAGCACGUAUUUUGUAUGUUUCAACACCAGCUUGACCAACAACUUCGCAUCGAUAAACGACGUUACAUGCUCACCAUCGUAGAGUUCAUAGACUGCAAGGCGGCGUACGAUUCAGUUAAGCGAAAUGAAUUGUAUAUUUGAAUAAAAUUUUCCCACAAAACUGAUUGGGCACACACUGGCUCCGUCACCCUUGACGACUCAACGACAAGCGUCACAAUAUUCUCACGAGUCAUGGUCACCUCACGUAAUUUUUUUUAUGUGAGUCUAUCUAAGUGAUUCUGGUUUCCUGGGUGACUGUACAAAUCAAAUCUACGACAAGUUCCGGCAGUACAAUUCGCAGACUCAUCAUCUGUUUGUGGACUGUAAGGCAGCCUACGAUUCAGUCAAACGAAAUUAGCUGUGGCUGCUAGAACAUGGUUUUCCGACGAAACUAAUUACGCGUUGGAUGAGUCAAAAUCAUGCGUCAGAAUAGCGGGAGAGACCUCAACCGCUUUCGUGACAUUAAAUGGACUGGAGUAAAAAGAUACACUCACUAACCUGUUAGUCGACAUUACCUUGGAAGGUGCAAUACGAAGAGCGUGGAAAGGAACGGGAUCCUCAUCACGAAA